CGAUAUCCCUCCCCUCUGUGUGCCGGUGUAGGCUCUGCUGGUGGGUCUCGCGCAGAUCAGCCUUCUUAAGGAGCGUGUUACCGCUCCUCGCGCAGAUGAAACAGGAGCGAGACUCGGGGAUAAACAGAGAGCAUGUUCCUCAAGAAGUGCUCCCGGACGCCAGGAGAUGUGGAGAGCCUGCGGCGAGGGUCAGCGGCGGACACCUCAGAGAACUCUGUGGAUCCUGAACAGCAUCAAUGGUUGCCACGGCGACGGUGUCAAAAUGAAAGGGUCCAGCAUCCAGAGCUGGGUGCAGUGGAGACCCCCUCCCCAGAAGCUUCUGUACACCACCACUGCCACUACACCCCCAAGUGCUUCCUCACCGUGCACAAAGGAGGACAAGGCACCACCCGAUCUACUCCGUCUCGGUAUGGAGAAGAGGCUUGGCAUGAAGACACCACAAGGACCACCAUCAGAGCUGAGAAUGAGGUGGAGGCUCACAGGGAGGCCAACAACUACAAGUUUGGCUUCAGGAAGUGGAAGGGUCACGUGACAGAGAAGCCCAUUGAAGACCGAUCGGACAUCAUCAAAGAGCUCUACUCUGACCUCAGUGUUGUUAAGCCUCAAGAAGGCUCGGUGAUCACCUUUGGGAACGUCAUUUAUGUCAUUUUAUUCGGAUGGUGGAUAUCAUUAAUCUACUUCCUCAUUUGCCCUGUAAUGUUCCUAACCAUCAUCGGUGCAGCUUAUGGCAAACUUUGUUUUAGGUUGGCGUUGUACUUUAUUUGGCCAUUUGGGAAGUCCAUAGAAAAGGCAGGAGAAGUAAUUAGGAGAUCCAUUGCGAAGCCUCCGAAGUGUGAGGUGAUCCCAGAGGAGAGCGAUAGUUCGGGGAACAAAGACUCUGCUCCUCUCCUGAUGUCCUCCCCGUUCCCUGUGGAGAUCCCCGUCCCAGAGCCAGCCGCUGGGAAAACGUCCAAUCACUGGUGUCGCGUCAGCACUUAUGUUUGGCUGUUGCUAGGUUACCCUGUCCUGGCGGUGGUCCACUCGCUGGCCUGUGUGCUCUCCUGGCUGCUGGUCUUCACCAUACCUGUAGCCAAGAUGAACGCCCGCACAAUGACCAUCGUCCUCCUCAUGGCUCCAGAGGACGUUCAGGUUCACAAACUGGAAAAGACCGCUGUGUGUGAGACCAGAGUCAUCUUAUGCUGUUAUCGAGCCUUUAAUGUGUAUUGCUACAAAUACAGCGUACAAGGAAUCAACAUUAUCCCCCUCAACCUGCUCCCCCUGGUGUUCAUCACGAUCAUUAUUGGAUACACUGACUGUAAACACACAUUCUGCAGUGCAGAGACCAAGUUUAUCACCGCCAUCAUCUCCAUCAUCCCUCUCUCCUACUAUAUUGGCAUGGGAAUAGCCAGCAUUUCUGCUCAGAGUAACUUUGCAGUGGGGGCGGUGGUGAAUGCCACGUUCGGCUCCAUCACAGAGAUGACUUUCUACAUCACAGCACUGCUGCAGGGACACAAUGCUAAAACCAAAUGUUAUGAGGAGAUCGUCAAAGCAGCGCUCACUGGGACCCUGCUUGGGUGUAUACUGUUCGUACCGGGUAUCUGUAUGAUCAUCGGGGGCAUCAAACACAGAGAGCAGAGAUUUAACAGUCGUUCAGCUGGAGUGAGCUCUGCUCUGCUCUUCAUCUCUGUAGGAGGUGUUUUUGCUCCCACCCUCUUCUCAAAGACGUUUGGGGAUCUGGUGUGUGAGAGCUGCACCAAUGUUCCAGGAAACAGCAGCGUCCCGUUCAUCUGCAGGGACUGUCACUACGACACGGUGAGCCGCUUCACUCAGAGCCUCAUGUGUUUCACAACGUUGUAUCAACUGCUCAUGGACUUGGAAGGGACAUUCCUCACUCUUCUACCAUAA